CCCUCCCUCACCAUGACAACGGCAGAUGACUAUUAGCAUCGUCGGGAGGCAGCCGUUACCUCCGCCGCCGGUGGUUCAGAGGCGUUUUUCCAAAUAAGUCGUGAUUUAAAUCGGCCCGUCUGGUUCAUUUUCAUGUCGGAAGGUGGUUGGAGCUGAUGGAGCCCCUCAUGGCCGGCCGGAGGGUUUACCGAGCGAACAACAACAACAUGGCUCUGCUUCAGCAUCCCCGGCUGCUGCUCCCCGGGGUUUUCCUGCUGCUCUUCACCGGCCGCCUCCACGCCCGCUCCUCUCAGAUAUCAGACCUGAAGUCCAAGAUCUCGGGGGUGGAGGAGCUGCUGGAGGAAUUCCGGAAGCAGCUCCAGCAGGACCAGGCGUACAGAGCGGCCGACGUGAGCGACGCCUGCGUAGGCGACUUCAGCGCCGCGGAGCAGCGCAUCAUCCGGACAAAGGCCUCCAUCGAGCAGGGAGCCGCCUUCCUGUUGGCCCCGGACAGGGUGUACACCUGGAGGGACUGCCUCCACGCCUGCUGCUCGCAGCCUCACUGCACGGUGGCGGUGGUCCAGGAGGACCUGCGGCGACCCGCGGACGGCCUCAGCUGUUACCUGUUCAACUGCACCUACCGGAACAAAAACAUCUGCUCCUUCGCUCCACAGGAAGGCUUCACCACCUACAGCCGGACUCCGAACGGCACGCUGGGGCACCUGGCCGGAAGCGCCGCUGGAAGCACCGGGAGGCCCGGGCCAGCCGGGGAGGAUGACAGCCCAGAAACGGACGAGCCUCCGCGCAGCGAUGCGGGCCAGGACGUGGUGAUCCAGCUGCCCACCGACUGGGCCGUCCUGGACGGCAGGGACAGCGUGGACGACCACAGAAUCACCCACUACGAGUGGACUCUUGUUAAAGGAGAUACAGCCGUCAACAUGAAGGCGACCCACCCAGGGCUGCUGAAGGUCAGCGGUCUCCAAGAGGGCGUCUACACCUUCCAGAUGACCGUCACCGACUCGGCGGGGCAGAAGAGCUCCGACAACGUCUCUGUCACCGUGCUGGCACCCAAACACCAGGCAGAAGUUUGCACUGGUGACUGCUCCAACUACCAGUUCAAGUGUGACGAUGGCUGCUGCAUCGACAUCUCCUACGCCUGUGACGGGAGGCAACACUGUCCCGACCGCUCUGACGAAGUCUUCUGCACAAACUUUGAUGGUGGCCGGAAGUCGGUGACCCACCCGGUGAAUCCGCUCAGCCCUCAGAUGCCCGCAGUCCGGACCGAGCAGGCUGACGGCGCCGCCGUGCUUCCAGAGGCGUCCAGGAAAACAGUCGUAUCAGCUGUAGACGGGAGCAGCGCUGUUCCUGUUCAGAGCCUCACUGAGCAGCAGCCCGCGUCUGCUAACCAAGAUCCGUGCGCUGCAGAUCCGGUCGUUGGCCCCUGCAAAGGCACCUUCCCUCGGUGGUUCUACGACCAAAAGGCCCGAGACUGCAAACACUUCCUGUACGGUGGUUGCCAGGGCAACCACAACAACUUCCUCCAGGAGUCAGACUGUGUCAGCGAGUGUUUGCAGAAAAGCUCGGCCGUCAGCCCAACCAGGGCAGCCGCCCCCCUCACGAAGCCGACCGGGAAAGCUGUGCCUAAAGUUUCCAGAACCCAAGCAGAGAGUAGCGACAUAAUCUCCAAACCAUUUCCAGUGAAAGGAGGACACCCAGGCCCGGAGUCAGGUGCAAUUCUUCCUCUGGCGCUCGGCAUCCUCAUCACUGCCCUGCUGCUGCUCAUGAUCGGCUGUCGCCUCAGACUCGUUCGUCACAAGCUGAAGAAAGCGCGACCGCUCACCACCGAGGAGUCUGACUACCUCAUCAACGGCAUGUAUCUGUAGCCCAGGAAGUUUCUCAAAGCUUCGCCUCAGAUUUAAACAACCACACGCUCUGCUGCCCUUAAAAAAGACAAUCUAAUUGCAAAUCAAUGAAAAUGUAUUGUUUGCUGUUUGAAAUUUAAAUUAAACCAAACAACCCGAUAAAUUACAUGUCAUUGUUCAGCUUUUCCUCCUGCAAGUCUGGCACAAAGCGCCACUUCUGCCACUAGGUGUCACUAAUGUGCCAUGUUUGUGCUGCACCUGUUACCACAGCUAGCUUGGACCUAUGAAAGACGAGUAUUUGGUAACCAUGGUUCCCGUCCGUCCAUCCUGUUCCGAGUCUGGAUCGGUUAAAACAAACCGGGUCCCGCGAAUCUUCCUGUCUUUACAGCAUGGUUUGUUUUUGUGAUAAAUCAUUAUGGCCAUAUUUGAUUUAAUGUUUUAAAUAAAAUAAAUAAAAGUAUCCCAAGGAAAGGAAUUUUACAA